CCGUUUCAGCUGCCCGUGUGCCUCGGGGCUGGGCUCACAACAGCAACAGUUGUACCUCUCGGUGCCUGGACCGUUGUAGAGAAGCCCCGUCGCCACGGGUGGUCGCAGCCGGGACCGGAGGGACGUUAUUCGCUGGUCAUGGAAUACAUGUUCCCCAAGAGGAAGCUGCUGAAGACUCUGCUGAGCCUGUCGCUGCUCUUCGCCACCGUAGCCUUCAUCCAGAAGCUGAAGUCGGGCGACGGGCUGGGGCUGGGGCUGCGAGUGCCGGCGGACGCCAGGUUGAUCCCGGCCUGGCACGGUACCGAGAGCGGCCCGGCACGGACUAAUGGCAGCAUUGACGGAGGCGGGGAGGUGGAGGCGGGGGCGGGGGCGGGGGCGACUGUGUCCGGCAGCCCGGCCACUGCCGCCGCUCCCCGAACCUGGACCGUGACGGUGACCAACUGCAGCCAGAAUGAGUCGGUGCGCGGCUUGAGCUGGUUCUCGGCGAUGGACGCCAAGUUCCAGGAGUACGUGCUGUACCGCCACUGCCGCUACUUCCCCAUGCUGCUCAACCAUCCCGAGAAGUGCGCGGAGCCCACCGACCUCCUCAUCGUCGUCAAGUCGGUGAUCGAGCAGCACGACCGGCGGGCUGCCGUCAGGGAAACGUGGGGCCGGGAACGCAGCAUCGGGGGUCGCAGCAUCAGGACUCUUUUCCUGCUCGGCACACCAAGCGACGGCAAGGAUCAGCGCAACCUGCAGAAGCUUCUGGAAUACGAGGACCUUUUGUACGGCGACAUCCUGCAGUGGGACUUCAUGGACACUUUCUUCAACCUGACCCUCAAGGAGGUCAAUUUCCUCAAGUGGUUCGACAUCUACUGCCGCCGCACCCACUUCGUCUUCAAGGGUGACGACGACGUCUUCGUCCACACCGAGAACCUGAUGGAGUUCCUGGACUCGCAGACCGAUAGCCCCCGGCGCGACACCCUGUUCGUGGGCGACAUCAUUUUCAGGGCACAGCCCAUCAGGAACGUUCAGAGCAAGUAUUUCAUCCCCAAGCAAUUGCAUGAUAAGCCCUAUCCGCCGUACGCGGGCGGCGGCGGAUUCCUCAUGGCGGGCCCACUGGCCAGGCACCUGGCGGCCGCCUCGGAGAGCAUCGAGCUCUACCCCAUCGACGACGUGUACCUGGGCAUGUGCCUGCAGAAGGUAGGCGUCGAGCCACAGUUGCAUUACGCCUUCAGGACGUUUGGGGUCGUCAAGCGUCGGGUGAGCCCCAUGAACAGUGAUCCCUGCUUCUACAAGAACCUGGUGGUCAUCCAUAAACUCAGUCCCAAGGGCUUGCUGACGAUGUGGAACACAGUCCACAACCGAACCCUCAUCUGUGCCAAGAAAUACUUAAUAAACCUAAACGCGUAAUCUUCUCACCGAAUAACUUGAUUCCAGACUUUCCUGUACGUUAGAAAUGUAGAGUUGGGAACGAAUGGUUUAGAAUCAGCUUGGUGUGAAUGGUGAGAGUUCUUCAGCUUUUAUGUUUUGAGUGAGGAUAAACCGAGUAAAGGUACUUUUUUUUAAAAAAAGUAAGAAUUGUAUAUUUUUGAAGUUUAUUUUUACACUCUAAUGUCCACAAAUAAGUUGUCAAUUGGCACCGAGUUUAGUAUUGAGUUUUCUUUUAAAGGAAAGGGAAACCGAAUCAGAGGCCGAGAGCCACUUGUCUCUUUUUAUAGCUGAAAACAAUAUCUUCGGAAGACUGGAUAUGAUUUGGAUAAUGACACUAGGUAGCACUUGGUGACUAGGAUAUAGAAGUACAAUUAAUGUAGAGAAAGUGAUUUGCAGCUUAAGUGAUACUGAUCUCCCAGACACCGGUUGAAGGAAUAAUUUUAACUUGCUUUAAAAACAAACCAAAUAUCAUUGAUUGUUCCUUUACAUUCCCACCCCACCCUUUUUGUAUAAAAAGCACCUCUACCAUGACAACGGGUGUCUGAUUUAAUUUAGCGCGAUGAUUGUAAUUGUCCAUAAACUUUAUGGAUACAAAUAAUGUUUUAAGAUGCUCCGUUUUCAUUGCCCCAAGGCUGAUGAAUAGCAGGAGUCAAAUUUCAGAGAUGUUGCCUUUGACUUGGUUUGCUGUCAGAUAGAUUGCAUCCUUGUUUCUGAUUUGAAAUAAAGGAUCUUUUUGACCUGAAUUUAACUGCAAAGUGAUUAUUUCUAGGGGUAGGAGGUGAAGCAAGCAAUCUGAUGCAGCUUCUUUCUUGCUUCAGUUCAAAGCUGGCCUUUUCAACCAAAAGGUUGCUGUUGUUUGGUAAUAAACUUGCAUUUAGAGGUGGAUUAUUGCCCUUGCUUCCUGUUAAGAAAAUCUGCAGUAAUGAAAAUCUUCUAGUAAUGAAACCACCAAGGUCUUUCUGAUUAUAUUGCAGUGGUGGACAUGGUCAUUGGAUGAAUGUCACUCCUUAACCUUUUAGGAAUACAUGAAAACCAUGCAGUGCUGUGCACAAUCCUGAAAAUAAUCAUUGCCAAACGGUUAUUCCUGAAGCUCAUUGCCAAGCAAAUUUGUAAAAUGUUUAGCUGACAAAAUAAUGGGGGGGGGGAAGAAGAAAAAAACACCCUUCUUGUGUAAUCUCCCCAUAUCCUUUCAAGUCAAAUUCUUUUUUUCUUCUGUUGUUUAAACCUUUUGGUAAUUGUGAUCUUUAGAUCAUUUAUAAGAUCAAAUCAAAUUAAUAUAUUGAAUUAAUAGGUCUGGAAGUUUUGAUAGUUUAAUAUUCUGUAAAAUGUUGUGUUUGUUUGACUGGUCAGGGCCAUUAAUUUCUGUCUUAACUUCAGAUGCUGCUCCAUGGUCCUGAUGAAGGAGCUAUGGAAUUGCUGAGGUGCACAGAAUUUGACAUUUGUGCUUCUGCCUGUCAUUGUUGUUUCCAUCUCCUACAAGUGAAACUGUGCCUUAAUGAAGUAUUCCACAUUGAAGCAAGUGAGCCAGAAAACGUGUGACAUGAUUUGUCAUGAUCUAUGGACAAAUGUUUGAAACAUUGUCAACAAAUAGCCCUUCCAAACUGGCAACCAACCUUAACUAAUAAUUUGAAGAAUAAGUCUUUAAUAUUUAAAACUACUUGUCUUGUGAGGUCUAGGAUUUUUUGGGCAAAAUUUGAAAAUAACUUGCAAAAAUGUUUUUUGUUAGAUUAAUUUUAUUCAAUGUUUGAGAAUCUUGCCAACAUAAUCAAAAUUGAACUUGUACUUCAAUAUGUAAUAAAGUCCAAAAUUACUUUCUUUACAUUUGUGCUGCCUGCAUUUUAUUGAGCUUUGUAAUCUAUCAGAGCAUCAAGUAAUGCUCAAUUGUUUUCUUAAAGUUUAUGUAUCAAAUAUGUACAGUUACUCUUGAUAACAAAUUUGCAUUUAAAACUGAAGUAGGGGUGUAUUGACUUACUGCCUUCUGUAGUGAGAAAUAUACAAAGUCCAGAUUGUUCCAGGUAAGGUUGUUUUGGUUUAGAGGAGUCAUGUUUGCAGGAGUUGACAAGUGAUGUGGGAGUAGUUGGCAUGAAGCCUUUAUAUGUAUUGUGAUUUAGCAACCUGCUCAGGGUUUGUGAGAAUGGUAUACAGGUGUAUCCUGGUCAUUUUGUAUUGGGAAAAGCUUCACUGUGGUAAUUCUGCUGUGUGUGUGCUGGGCUAUUGCCAAAGUUUUAGUCAGUGUGGCUGAUGGCUCACCCUCUUGCAGUGGAUGUUUUCUGGUAGACAAACAUCCAGAAUAGAAUCCUCUUUAUAGACGAACCAAAGUGAUCCCAGUCACAGUCUGGUAUCCAGACUAUGCAGUCUUAAAUCUGCAGAAGUUGUACUCUGAGACCUGGCUGGUGUUGAAAUGAGCAUAGCUUUUCUUGUAGAUGAUUCUAAAUUAUCUUGGGUAUAAACCUUAGCUUUCAGAUAUGAAUUUGUUGUCUUUUGGAUGGGGUAGAGUCAAAUACUUGUUAGCCCUGUCAUAUCUGGUGACAAGAGUAGAAUGUUGAACAAUAAAUGUUUUUGUUCUGAGGAGUUCUAAGAAUCAAGGGAAACCAGCAGCCCAAGUUACUCAAAGUAUUAAUAACUUUUUAUUUUAAUGUGAGAAGUACAAAUCAGUUUACACUCAGAUGGAAACAUCAGUAAAACCCAUUUGGCACUUAGAUCUUAAUCCACCAUUCAGUGGGAGUCUGGCUGACCCUCCAUCUCAUUUCCAUUUUCCUGUUUUCUCCCUGUACUCUGUGAAUUAUUUUCUUUGUUCAUUGUUCAAAUAUAUUCAGUCAUUUAUAGUAAUCUAUCCUUUUACACACUGUUCAAGUUAGUCUAAUUGGUUUGUCCUCUCCCUUCUCUAAUUAGUUUCCAUUUGCCAUCUCCAACCUGCAGCCACCAUUCCGUAAACUGAGCUUUGAACAUUGACAACCAAUGCAUCCAUUGCAAUAUUACAAUCAAAAACCGGCCAGAGUGAACCUUCUAGUUUGUGGAUCUUACUUGCAGGUUACUGAAACUCUUAAUUUCCAUGCAUGGGCAGUGAAGUGCAAAAAAAAUUAGCAAGCUGACAUCAGCUGCAGUGUGUUUGAUACCUUGUUCUAAUAUCGAACGCAACGCAUACUGAGGUAGGGGACUAGAUACGUUCCACAGCAACACAUAGAAUCUGUGUGUAUGUGUGUGUGUGUGUCUCUCUCUCUCAACCAAGAAACCAUCAACCUCUGCUUUAAUGACUUGGCCUCCACAGUCAUCUGUGCAAAUGAAUUCUACAGAUUCACAACCUCUUGGCUGAAGAAUUUCCUGUUCUAAAUGGGCACCCCUCUAUUGAAGCUGUGCUCUUUAGUCUUGGACUCGCCUGCUAUAGGAGUCAUCCUCUCCACAACCACCCUGUUGAGACCUUUCAAUAUUCAAUAGGCUUUAAUGAGAAUUCCCCUUUAGCCAGAGAGUGGUGAAUCUGUAGAAUUUUUUUCACGACAGGCAUCUGUGGAGGCCAAGUCAUCGGGUUUAUUUAAGGAAAAGGUUGAUAGAUUCUUGAUUAGUCAGGGCGUGAAGUGAUACAAGGAAAUGGCAGGGGAUUGGAGCUGAGAGGGUAAAUAGGCCAACCAUGAUGUAAUAGUGGAGAAGACUCGAUGGGCUAAGUGGCCUAUUUCUGCUCCAAUAUCUUAUGGUCUCUUCUGGUCUUAUAGUCCAUGUGACACAUCUACCUUCAGACCUUGUUGCUUCCCAAGCACCCUCUCCUUAGUAAUAGCAACGAUACUCCCUUCUGCCCACUGACAUUUGAACUUCUGGCAUACUGCUAAUGUCUUCCACCAUGAAGGUUGUCACAAAAUACUUAAGCUCUUUCAUCAUUUUUUUGGUCCCCAAUUACUAAUU